AAUUCAUGGAAAGUACCUUGAUUUUGGACAGUAGUAGCGCGUUGAACCAACUUGAGUGAAAUUUGCGCAAAAUUUCUAAAGAAAAAAAGACCUAAAAGUAACUUUGAUAAUGCGAGAAAUCAAUGUCAAGAAAGCCGUGAAAAUGACGGACAAAUACCAAGUUUAUGAAGUAAUCAUUGGGUGAGAAAAUCAACUUACAACUCCAGUGUAUUUCAAUGGACGCAUCUAGCGGCUCCCAAGAAAAAGAACUAAGGGCGGGCCUUGUCAUACAAUGAAUGCUCUCUAUGUUGUGGUAUCACUCAUCCUACUAUGCAGUAUAUCCACAGUCCUGGGUAUCCCAUACCAAGUGUAUGUGCACACAGGAGACGUGUUUGGCGCGGGAACGGACGCUCGCGUUUUUAUGACCAUAUUUGGUGAAAAUGGACAGUCGCCCGAAUUUGAGCUGAACAGCAAUAGAAACGACUUUGAAAGAGACCACACCGACUUAUUCGAGGUAGAAGUUCCGAGGCUAGGCCGAUUAAAGAAGAUCCGAAUUCGACACGAUAACACAUGGUUUGGUGCAGGGUGGUUCCUAGACAAGGUUGAGAUCAAGGAUGAGAAGGGUUGUGUUUACGAGUUUCCCAGCCAUAGAUGGCUUGCCAGCAACGUGGACGACGGCAAGAUAUCACGUGAUUUCAUCACAAAGACCACAUGUAAACCACGUGCGAAGGAUUUCAGGAAUCCCACAGCCUGCAAACAGGACCUUGGGGUGUCCAACGGUCUCAUCACAGACGCCCAGAUGACAGCAUCAUCGUCAUAUGAUAACAGGCAUCAACCAUUCCACGCACGGCUGAACCAGGUACCUGUCGGAUCCCGUGGGGGGUGGUGCUCGGCGUUUGCGGACGAUACGGAAUUCUUACAAGUAGACUUUGGGAAUUCAACAUACGUACAAGGGAUAGCCACUCAGGGCCAAGCGCUGUUUGACAACUGGGUGACGCGGUACACAAUCUCCUACACUACGGACGGCAGCACGUGGAAGCCUGUGAGAGACAAAGGCACGAUUUUGGAUCUUUCAGGGAACUCCGACCGCAACACUGUAGUCACGCACUGGUUCCCAGGGGUCACGGCCACAGCAAUACGAGUUCGACCACUGGCCUGGAACGGGUUGACAAAUUGUUUGCGUAUGGAGUUAUAUGGCUGCAAGAAAGGAGAUGUAGAAACAGCUUCAAAGAAAGGAGAGCCCUGGGGAUCGACUUCGUCUGCGUUAAGAGAAGACCAGGAAUCACAAUCAAUUAUCAAGAAAUCCGUGCUCUAUUUGCGCUUCGAGAAGAUCGUCAAACGCGACAUCAUUCGUGACAGGUCUGAUCUCCAUAACGACGCGCGCAUUGUCAACUUCGCCCGUCUCGUGCGCUUUAGCGAGAAAUGCGGAAAAGGCGUCGACCUGAACGGCGGAGACGUGUUACUCGACGGAGAACGCUUUGUAAACAAACCACGGACCCAAGUAACAAUCGCUGCAUGGGUAAAACUAAACACAGUAGACACGCCAAACUCAAUAUUUGAUACAAUAGGGGGAGUGAAUUCCACGCACGAAGAUGGGCAGUACCAUUAUGAAGUGGAUGGUGGGGCGGUAAGAUGGUUUCAUCGAAAUGCCAAAGGAAGAAUAAUCUUCAACGUUACAACAGAAGUUAUUGUGCCUGCUAAUGUAUGGACACACGUGGCAGGGGUGUAUGACUCGAAGACAAAGUUUGCUGAGGUUUACGUGAAUGCAAAAUUUGUGAUGAGAGAGGAAGGCGCGGGUUUGCUGUCUCAGGAUUGGACGAGGAAGGCUGGUAUCGGACAGCAUAAAGGGGAGCGACUUUUGAAGGGAAUGGUGGAUGAGUUCUACAUUUCCAACCAGGCACUGACACAGGAAGAGAUUAAAAAACUCAUGAAGAGGUGCAAAUUCGAGAAAGAGUGCUUUACACCGAUCGGGAUGGAGGAUAUGCGCAUAAAAGACGAACAGAUCACGGCCUCUUCAACACUCCAGCCGCAUAAACCGUACUACUCAAGACUUAACCUGAUCUCGUUCUACGACGACCCUAAACGCAGCGCGUGGUGUGCGGAUGAUGAUGACAAGGAGCCCUACCUCACAAUAGACCUUCGAGAUGAGAAGACGGUCUCGGGCGUUGCCAUACAAGGGGCUUCUGUACUCGACUGCUUCGUGACAAGCUUCAAGUUGUGUCACAGUCAGACGGGCCGCAAGUAUGACUGCGUGAGCAAAAAUGGAACAGGCGAGGCAUUUGUCGGGAAUAUCGACAAGGACAGCGUCAAGAUCCACUGGUUGACCAAGUUCUUUGAUGCUCGAUUCGUUCGGUUCUACCCACUGGCUUGGUACGGCGAGAGCAUCUGCAUGAGAAUAGAACUGUACGGGUGUAUCACAGGUCUAUUAUCGGAUACUACAGAGGAAACAGCCGAGACAGCGAUCAUUGACCCAACCCAGUCUCAGUUCGCUGACUGCAGCUCCAGCUGUGGCCGUGGAACUGUAAAGACCCUGGUACCAUGCAACAGGGAUCCCAGCCAUCCAGGCUGCACAGGAGGAAAUCAAAACUUUGUGCAACGAAAGCCAUGCGAAAGGCCGAGCUGCCCCGAAUGCUUUUAUCCAAUGGGAAUGGCAAAUGGAAAAAUCCCAGACAAGGCAAUAUCAGCGUCCUCGGGUGUGGACCAUACCCACGCGCCUUUCUUUGGCCGUCUUAUAACUGAGGAACAGGGAACGAGAGGGCAUAAGGGAAGCUGGUGCACUACAAAAGAUGAUGGUCAGCGGUUUCUCCAAGUAGAUCUUCAGCAUCCAGUCAAGCUUACGGGUAUCGGAACUCAAGGCCAAGUUUCCACUGACCAGUGGGUAACAAAAUACCGCAUAGAGUACAGCAUAAAUAACAUAGGAUGGAAUAACUACACUGAAAACAGCCAGCUAAAGGUAUUCUCUGGUAAUGACGACAAAGACACAAUUUCCAUUCGUCAUCUCAGGCAUCCUGUUAUGGCACGUUUCAUCAGAAUAUAUCCACUGACCUGGCACGGCAGGCUCAUAUGCAUGAGGUCGGAAAUAUAUGGCUGUGAUAAUGAGGCUAUGAGCGCCAGCCAUUCGAAAGCGUCCAAGUUGUCGGAGAAAAACUCUCACUCGUUCUUACUCCCAAAGAAAGUCCUCAUGAAGCUGCAAAACGAGGCAACAGUACAAACACAGAUGGGCUUAGUGCCCAGUUCGUCAUCACUCAAACCAAUCCCGCUAUACAGCAAUAUAGCCCAAGGAAACCCCAGCCUUAUGACUUUGCAAAAUAGCAAGGCUGAGCAGUUCUUUCUGGGCGCUAAAAAUAGGGCUUAUUACAGCCCCCAGUCUGGACAGUUCUAUAGCAAUGUUGGUAACCCUGAGACAGCUUUUAUGUUAAAUUCUGGAGUGGCAGAGGGUCGAAUGAGGGCUCCAAUAUACGGGCACAUGGAUGCUACUUCGUUCACAAAUAGACCAGGCGCAUCUAGAGUGCCGUUUUAUAAGACCAUGGAUCAACAGAGGGUCUUGCAACAGUCUCGAGAAAAGAACACUGAAGGGAUGUCGAGAUUUCAUGUGCUUGAUUAUUAUAGAAACAAUACAAAGGGAAUAAAUAGUCAGUCCAAGUCAAAAAGCAAAGCAGUCCAAAAGGCCAAGGGCCAUGGUAAACUAAAGAAGAGUAGUAAACAGGGCACAAGAAGGAUAAACAAAUUGGGAGACCCUGUGAAUAGAACUUCGAAACAUAACAUUAUGGUCCAGCAAAUGGCCAGGGGUAACACGAAUAACAACAAAGCGCAUGUAGAGUUGGAGGGCUAUCAUUGGUCAAAAUUUAGUUCAUGUAGCGUGACAUGUGGACGUGGCGUGAAGGAGCGUUACCGGAAGUGUAACGCAAUCGAAUGCACGGUGGAUGGCAUCGAGACUGAGAUGGUGCCAUGCUUCACGCCGCCAUGUAAAGCGUCUACGGAGUGGUCGGGGUACUCCAAGUGCAGCGUCACGUGUGGUGUUGGUAAGCGAACGCGUUCAAGGCAGUGUAACGGCAGGGACUGUCCAAAGACUGGUCGAGAGAUUGCUACCAUCCCAUGUCAUCAGCCUGAGUGUCCAGUGCUUAACCUGGAUUUUGAAGAGAUCGAAAACCACGUCUUAGUGGAUCAGUCAGGUAAAGGCAACAACGCCUACAUGGGCUUUGACAGUCGCAUCCUCCCUUAUAACGGCGUCUGCGGUCAUUACGCCGAGCUUGGGCAGUUUGGAAAUAUCUUGCUUGAAGAUCUGACGUUCAGGAGAAAGCCAAGAGAAGGCGUGUCCAUAGCGGGAUGGGUGAACAUUAGAGAUAGUACACGUGGGAGUCACUCAAUCUUUAGCACGGCGAGGGCGAUAAACGUUGGACAAAUAAUCGGAGGGUAUCACUUUGAGAUAGACGACGGAAAAAUCCGCUGGUUUCAUCGAACGCGCGAGCAUAAUCCCGUUUUCAGCAUCAUGACAGAUGACGUCAUUCGCCCAAAUGUCUGGUUCCAUGUGACCGCGACCUACCAAGCUAGGGCGGGAAACGCCAAGGUCUACGUCGACGGCGAGCUGAAGGCAAGGGGACCCGGCAACGGUCUGCUGGACACCGAUUGGGGUUAUAAAGCAUCCGUGGGCAGCUUCGACUUCGAUGGUCGGUUCAUACGAGCAAAAUUAGACGACUUUUAUAUGUUUGAUUACGAAAUUUCUCCCAAACAAGUACAAGACUUGCUCAGAAUCAAGUGUCCCAAGAAGGGUCGUAGGUAAAAUAUAACAAAGCACAAAAUAUUAACACGACACUAAAUUACAUUAUAGAACAGGCCAUUCAUAUCUGCAGGAUAAAAAAGUCGAUGAAAGAAAGCAAAUAGCUUUCACCUUUUUUGGCCAAUAAGUUUAGUGAUCCCGUGGCUUUCUUUAAAAAGACUGUGGCUUCAAUAGUUGCAACUAAUGCUCAUCCUUGGAACUGAAAGUCCGUAGAUCUGACACAUGCGUGACAAUGCUGUUCAAAACGUUCAAACUUGUACAACUUUCCCUGUAUUAUGUGAUACUUAGAAAAUAGAAUCGAGUUGUUUUAGUUGUAGGAUGGAACGUUAUAGGAUGGAUUAAAAUUUAUAGUGAUUCAAGCGGGUUUUAUUUACUAUGAACAUCUACUGGGUUACAUAGUCUACAAAACUACAUGUCACGAAUCGGAUCGACGGACUCCAAGUAUCCUCUGGAAGGUUCAAAAGUUACAAUUCUUCAAAUAUAUUUGUUGAUUGACCUAGGGCGCUACGCUAAGCAGAAAAACCAUAACAAUUCAGGUAGUAUUCUUCAAUCUAACUUUUGUAUCUCAUUUUCUGGUGAUGGACUGUUCAUUAAAACGUGGCAAUCAAAAACUAACGAAAAGGGAAGGCGGGUUAGAGUAGGUAUUUAUAUAAUAUUUAUCGUGUCUACAGUAGACGACAUCAUGGCAAGUUGAACAAUUCCUUCAAGUGCCUGACGUAUCAAGAAAUUGUUAAAUGUAAUGUUAUAGCCGAAUUCGUUGUUGGGUGACCUCGGCGAAUUCAAAAUCCUCAAUAAAUUGUCUAAGCCAAUUGAUGGCUUUCAUACUUUAUGACGCGUCAUAAAGCAUCUAACUGCAUGCGGGAAGGGAAUUUUGUUGGUCGCGGUGGUAUGAUUGACUAGCCCCUAUUCCAAGACUGGAUUUGAAUUCUCGGUCGCGCAACAACGAAUUCGGCUAUAAAAAAGAAUUAAAAUAUCUUUUUUUUUUUAACAAACAAAUAUAUAGGCUAGGCCAUUUUUGCCAAUGGCUUUACAGUGCGACGCAUACAGCAGUGACCACCUUUUAGAAAAUUUGCCAAUGAGAAUGCAAAUAUCUAGCCAUGCCCUUGACACAAGAUGGUCCGGUGCACCUUGGCCUAUACUGGCAGGAAAGGGCCUGGGACUAGCCCAGGUGGUCCGGUGCACCUUGGCCUAGAUACAUAACUCCCAAAAAUGUCUAGAAAUCACGAAUUCUUUCCUAAAAAUCUCGAAUUUUCUUAUUUUUUUUCUUCUAUAAAUAUGCCAUUUCUCCCUUAAUUAUAAGAAAUAUAUCGUUAUGUUGUGUUUUUUUUUAUUUAUUGUGCAUGUAUAAAUGCGCAAUUCAGCAUUAUUCGCAUCGAAAGAAAUUACUUUUCACGAUUUACACAUGUUUUACACAGUGAAGAAAACAAGCCAACAAGGCAUUCUGGUAAUAUGGCCAAAGCCGCUGACUGGUACUUUUUUUAUGACAGUAACUAAAUAGCCAAACAAGGUUAUUGACAACGUUAUUGACGAUCGGUUUAGUUGAAAGAAUCACAUUUCUACCGAAAAUCGGCAGUUUUUACUUAAAAUUCCUAUAACCCUAAAUAAUUUUCUUAAAAUCCUGAAAUUUUCUAAAAAUCCCGUUUGACUCUAAAAAAAAUCUGGAAUUAUGUAUCUAGGCCUAGGUGCACCUUAAUGCGGCUUUUUCUUAGAGGCUAACAUUCAAAUAUGACUUGUUUGUAGCUAGGAUUAAAAUGGAAAAACCAAAACAAUCGCAAUAUAUGCGGUGGUGCGCGUCGCACUUGAAAAAUAAAGUGACAAUUCUGGAGUUAUUUGUAGUAGUUUUAUUCUCGAUAGUACUACGAUGAGAGUUGUAAAAAUACAUAUUGUAAAAGAUAAGUGGUGUACACUGGUAAAUUUGCACACAUUGUUAUAUUUCUAUGUACAAAAAUAAAAUACAGUAUAUUUCAGAAUUGUA